AUCAAACAUAAUUACAUGGAGCAUUUUGUUUUUCAGGCAGAAAAUUUUGACAGUAGCACCAACCCUGUAGUGGCUCUCAAGGGAGUAAAAGUUUCAGAUUUUAGUGGUUGCACUCUUACAACUGUUAGUGCAACUGGUGUACAGAUAAAUCCAGAUAUUAAAGAGGCUCAUGCCCUCAGAGGAUGGUAUGAUUGUGAAGGACUACAUAUUCAGACUCGGUCAAUUUCAGGAAAACCUGGUGCAGGUGGCAUGACAGGUGCUGGAGCAACCUGGAAAACAUUUGCUCAAGCAAAGGCAGAAAUGCUGGGUGCUGGAGAAAAGCCAGACUAUUACACAGCUAAAGCUUCUGUUGUGAUGAUUCGGAAGGAAAACUGCAUGUACAGGGCUUGUCCAAGAGAAGGGUGCCAGAAAAAGGUAAUUGACAUGAACAAUGGCUUGUACCGAUGUGAAAAAUGCCAGUGUGAAUAUCCAAGCUACAAGUGGAGAUUGCUGUUACAGUUCAAUAUAGCAGAUUUCUCAGAAAACCAGUGGGUGACUUGCUUUCAAGAAGGUGCUGAAACUAUUUUGAAAUCAACUGCUAAUGACAUGGGGCAUCUCAAAGAAACUAAUGAGGACCAGUUUUCAGCAACUAUUGAUGAUGCUAAUUUCAGUACUUACAUCUUCAGGCUAAGGACAAAGAUGGAGUUGUACAAUGAGGAAAGUCGUCUGAAGACAGUUGUUGUGUCGGUUGCACCUAUAAAUCCUACGGAAUAUGGAAAGAAACUUCUGACCGAUAUUCACCAGAUGGAAAGUGUCUUGUGAAGGGAAAGUAACACGUUUUCUGAAAAAAAUUGUUAAUGUGAUUACGAGAUUAUUAUUUUGAAAUGAAAAACAUUUUUCUUUUCAAGUUCUUAGUGUUGCAUUUCCAGGUUCCAAAAGCAUAUUCGAUGGAAUUCGAUACAAUGCUUCCAAAUACUGUAAACUUAAGUUUUAUUUCUACUAGUACAUUAGUUUCAAACCAAGCUUUGUACAAAUAAAAGAAUUAAACCAAAAA